AUGGCAGGUCUUGAUCUGCUUCUCGGCAUGGCUGCCUGGCUUCACGACCGUGGUAACUGGUGCUGGAUCAGGAGCAACAGACUCGACUUGCGCUAUGGUCUCUCCCACGGCUGGCGCAUCGCCAUCUUCUUCGUGACGAUUGUCAUCUACACCUACAUCUACAUUAAGCUGAAGCGCGUCUUCAAGGGCCUCAGGAGCAUGUCCACGGCCACCGGCACCCGCAGGAAAACGGAUCACAUGGUCACGGUGCCCUCUGAUCCCGACAACAACGACACGCAGAAGAUUCUCGUCGCCCACUCCGUCUCCGUCAGCCACGAGAUGCAAAACCUGCCGCGAACACCAGACACGGCGGACCACGAGCGCGGCUAUAAUAACGAUCCCGUCACGCAGUCGACGGUCACGGCCUCGGGAACCGAUAGCAGGCCUUUUGAGGCGUCGCGCAUGCCGGCGGCGCCCAAUGUCAGGAAGAUGCUGCUCAUGAACGGAUACCCGAUAGCGUACAUCAUUCUGUGGAUGCCCGGCAUCGCGAACAGGCUGGCGGAGUCGGUUGGAAAGUCUCCGCGAUGGCUGAGCGCCAUGCAGGCCUCAACCCAGUAUAUUGGCCUCAUCAACGCGUUGACGUACGGCUUGAGCGAGCAAAUGCGGCAGGGCGUGUGGAAGAAGUUGAAGGACACCGGUGGUGGAAGAAGAUGA